AUGUCGGCGUGUCCCCCGCCGUGGGAAGCGCUGACCGCUGCAGACGUCGCACAGCGUCUUGCCGCCCUCACAGCCUCUUCGUUCACCGCCACAUCGGCGUCGUUGCUCGACGUGCGGCGCAGUUUCCGCCGCGACGCCGUCAUCUCCACUGGCAGCGCUGCGCUUGACCGUUUGCUGCCGGACGGCGGCGUCGCGUGCGGCGCGGUCCUGGAGAUAUGCGGCCCGCCAGCAGCAGGCAAGUCGCGCCUCGCGCUGCAGAUGGCGGCGGCCUUUGUUGCUGCUUCUGCUGCUGCUGGAAGGAUGCGCGCGCGUCAAGAUGAUCCUCAGCCGCAGCGGGCGGAAGAAGAAGGGUGUGGGUCGGACGACUGGUGUCUGUUUCUCGUGCACUCGGACCCAUCAUCGCUCAGCGCCCGCCACGUGCACGAGCUGCUGGCGAAGGCACUCGCAACCGCGNCGGCGUCCACCGUGCGGUGCGACGAUGACAACGACGAUGAUGCUGGGGUGUCCUCUCUGCUCCAGAAAGUGAGGCUUGUGCCGUUCUCAACGCCCAAUGAUCUGCUGGCGUUCUUUCGCUUUCUUUACCGCGUAGAGUAUGUCGCGGCGCACCACCACAUGCAUCGACGCCGUGUGCUGGUGGUGGUGGAUAGCGUGGCUCGAAUCUGGGAGCACCCAACGUGCGGGGCUACCGCACACGCGCGCCACUGGAUGGCUGCGGAGCUCGUGCGCGAGGUGCGCAAUGCUGUCACGGUGGGUAACGGAUGGAGGGAGGCUCCGUGUGAGCGAGCGGGAGACGGUUGCGGCAAGACGCAUGACACGUUUCUCGGCAAUCAACGUCCUGUCGGCAGCGACGCUGGUGCGACUUGGGGCAGUGUGACUGUUGUGUUUGUGAAUGGGUGCACCAGCAUGUAUCACCGGCGUUCUUCGGCUGCAGCAACAACAUCGCUACCAGCGGGGCCGUUGGGUGUCCCGGUGUGGUGUGCGGCAGCGUCGGAUCUCCGUCUCUUUGUGGAGCCGCUUUCCGAUGCGGAUGGGUUCCUGCUGCAUGGCAGUGAGAGUGACGAUGAGUGUGGCACGCAACAGAGUACGCGUGGUGCGAGAGCGACAAUGAAAGUGCGUCUUGUGAAGGGCGGCGGUGCCCCUGGCAGUCCGUUCGUGGUUGUUUGA